GCGCACAGUCCCACGCGGAUCUUCGCGCGCGCGUCUCUCUGCCGCGAGUGUCAUCGCGAAUCGUGCCUUUGUCCGGUUUUCGCGAUGCCUUUGCCCCGUCCACGAGUCGGUGUCGCGGCGACGAGUUCGGUUUCACGCGGUUCGCGUGUGCACGCGCGGUCACGGUGCACAAGGAUCUCGAGAUGCCGCCGCCGCGUGUGUUCCACCAACGAGCCGCCACGAGAGAGGGACAGAGGCGAGGGGUAGCGCGACAGACGGAGAGAGAAAACAUACUCGCGGCCAUUUUAACUGCGCCGUACGCUAACCCGGGCCACCCAGUGUGUAGUACGAGAGCCAGAGAACCGCCGUUGCUCUCUCCUAAAGGCUUAAACUGCGUCUCUCGCGUGUGCGCUUUGCUUCUGCGCACGCGACUCCGUACAUGUUGUUUCUCACGAACGCGCGGACGCGCGCACGCACGCACGUCUCCGCGUCGCGCGUGUAUUACGCAUACUUUCUCGUUUCCCACGUAGUUCGUUCGCCCGUGUGUGCCAUCUUUCGUUACGGGUUGCUCGUCGGCACGGUGAAAAUUGACAGCCAACGGAGAUGGAUCGUCGAUAGUGACACGGACCGAGAAGCGGCACGCGAACGAACGGCCAACGGAACGUGCGCUCGACCGAUAUGUUUGCUUGUUUUCACGACGGGAAGCGCGCCAAUCGGCUGGCCCGUGAGAACCCGUGGAUACGCGUCGCGCAUCGCGGGGGAACGCGCGAGAAACACGAUCGGGGGAAUCCCUUGUGAAAGCAAUUGCGGGAACCACAACAAAGAAACGGUUAGUCGGGAUAGAGAAUUUGUUCAGCCGGUAACAACGGAGUUGACAACGGCCAGGGUUACCCUACGAUAACCCGUACGGUAGAAUCGGAACGCGAUGGAACAAAUUGGAAGUGCCGGAAAGCUUGGAAAAGGAAUACAACGAACUGGGAAUAAUCGGGGAACAGACCGAACGAGUGACGACGGAUCAAGACGGAAAUUGUGGAAAUAGCGCGAGACACCGUAGACGGGUAGACGUGUCUCGAACGCGGCGCUACGAUGGGAAAGUGGAAAAGGAUCGAAAACGUAAGUCGUACGUACGGAAAGAGGUUAAAGACGCGCGCGAAGUGGGAAUAAGGAAAGUUCGACGUCCGGGGGGGCAGCGGUGGGACACGGAGAGGAAGAAAAGUUAUCGUGCGCGCGACGUCGUAGGUACGAAUGAAGAACCACCGCGUGACUCGGAAUCUGCGCAGUAAAUCGCGUUCACGUGAACGCGGCUCCGAGAACGGGCGCUCGUCACGAGGAAAGCUUUUGAAACUCGAUCGCGUCACGAGUACGACUCCGUAGCCCGUUUCGCUCUUUACGCGCGUUUACGUUUACUCUUCGUUUUUUCGCCUCGCAUCUGCUCUUUCUGGCUCCGGUUCCGUUCGUCUUUCGGUCUUCGUUCGUCGGUCGCGCAACGGAUCCCCUUCUGCGAAAGACGUGGGCGACGCGGUGGCUUACGUAAUGCCACAGCGAUAAGACGGAUAACGGCGUCGCGGCUUCGAACGGGCCACCGAAGCGGCGCCUCUAUUUUCGAACGCACGAGUCACCCGUUCGCCGCUUAACGCCGCGCGUCGUCUCGCGACACACCCGAAAAUUUUUCCUAACCGAUAAAAAUGUCGCGACCGAACGAUCGAUCGUUGCAUCUCGUCCGACGGUCGUUCGAUGACACCGCUGGAAUUGCUCCGCGAGCACGGUUUUCCCGACGCGCGUGGCAUCGCCCACGGGGCGUUCUCGUCCCGGUCGAAUCGUCGUCGCGACGCGGUUCGCCAAGGUGAGACGACGACCAGCGAGAGAGUUCCUUUUCCAGCCGGUGACCUCUGGUCAGCCAAGGACGCGGUCGUUCCACGAUGCCAAGAUUGGCCAACCGAGCGGACAAAAUGGAGUUUAGAUACGCCGUGGAACGGAACGAGGAACACCGACGGUGGAUCGGGGGAUUGGCCACGUGGUGCUUGACGUCCGAAAUCUCAGCCACGUACGGCGUUUGAUAACGCUCGGAGAAGCGACGGCGUGACUCAUCGUCCGACUAUGCGAAACCGAAUCGGCUUGCACGAUAUUAAAAUCGUGCAACGUUUUGCAAUUCACACGCGACGGCUCUGGAGAGACGGACGUGUCACCGCCUCGUGCCGAUGCCUCUGGCGAGAUCCAUCCAUCGUAUCUCGGUGCCCCAUUGCUGCCUAUCGUUUCUAUCUGAAUUGGAGAUGUCGCGUCAAAGGAUCGCGGCGGCGUGUGUGGUCCACGUUGCCCGUCGAAAAAAUUCUUUUCGCCGGUGACACCGACCGGGCAAUUGGCGUAUCAAAAAGUUCGCUUUGGAAAGAUCGGUAGAGGGGGCGAACGACGGUGGUGGGGAUCGCGCUUCGCAUGGUGGACGUGCAAGAUGGCGGCCCCGGGUUAAAGACACGUGAGAAUCGUGUUGGCGCAUCGCGACCCUGAAAAAUAUUCCCGGUGACAUGUGUAUCGGCGCGCGAUUUUCCUCCCGACACGACCUUUCGCCUCGCCGUCUCGUUUCUCGACUUCGUCGCGAUCGAUUUCCAUUCGUUACCGUGGUUUUUCGAUCGAAUGUGCGCGUCUACUCUCCGAUCCGUCCAUCGUUCGCACGGCAAUCGCGACCCACGAUGUGUCUGACGUGCGUCGUUCGACGUUUCGAUGGAAUCCACGACGAACCUCGUGCAACCAGCAACGUAAAAGAAAGAACAUCGGGAGGUUGUUGCUGGAAAUAUUUCGCACCGCCGUUAACAAUGGAACGAAAUUCGACGUAACGGAAAUCAUGCAGUGCGUGAAAUAUUUCGUCGAGGAUCCCCACAUCCAGGUACGGUUGGAUCUGGUGGAGCAGCUCCCGCACGUGGCGAUGAUCUGCGAAGAAGCAUCGUACCUCUACGGGAACAUCUUUCACGACUACCUGCUGGACAUAAUUUUACAAUACCUGCAGGACGCGGACAUACAGGUAAGGGAGGUGACAGAGAUGGGGAUACUGAUGCUAAUGAACAGGGGACUCCUCGACAACGACACGAUCGAGACCAAAGUCUGCCCCGUAAUAGAAAUCCUUUGUAGGUCCGUCGAUUUGUUUAACACUGCCGUCUCCCUCAUGAGCAAGAUGGCGCCGCUCAUUGGCAAAGAGCUGACAGAAAAGAUAUUUCUGGACAAAUACAUUACACUCUGCAAAGACGAGGAGUUUUACGUGAGGAGGAUCUGCGUCACGUACUUCGGGACAUUUUUCGCCUCGGUCGGGAAGAAGGCGGUGAACUGUAAACUGUUCCCGACGUACACCAAUAUGUGCCACGAUAAAGGGUGGGGCAUCCGGAAAGCGUGCGUGGACGCUAUGAUGUCAGUCGCUUGCUGCACGACUCUCCUCUACCGUCGAACAGUGUGCGCGAAACUAAUGGCCACGCAUCUUAAUGACGAAUCGAAAUUGGUGCGAAUGUCUGCCUUUCAAAUUUUAGGACCAUUUAUUUCCACGUUCGCGAAAGAGUUUACCGACAUAACUUAUAAUCAACACUGCGAACUAGUGUUUACCAGCCGACAAGAUGCUCGUUUCAGCGUAAGGUACGCGUACCAGGGCAUUUUUCCCAAGAGUCUCACGCUCAACUUUAAUUACGAGGAACCCUUUGUCGGCGACUCGUCCGUGAAACAAAUUUUCGAGGAAGAGGACGACGAGGUCCAGCCCAAGACUCGCAUGAAAUCGUUCAAAUCGCAGAGACAAAAGGAACGUUCCAAGACCUCGAAGCUCGAGGAGACGACGGACGACAUAAAGAAGUACAGUCCGUUUUUGUACUAUUACAUAGCGCCGGAUCUGCCGCCGGACGACGAGCUCGUGAAAGCCGCGAAGAAGUCCACCGCGCAAAAGACCACCGCGCAGAAGUCCACCACGCAGGAGAAGGUCUAUCGAGAGUCGCCAAGGAUCAGCAACAGGCGCAAGGCGUCGAUGAUCAAAAACGUGUUGAGCAAAGAGAGCUUCCCGGCGGUGGAAUUCCCGGUGGUCGAGUACCCGUCGUUCCCGGAGCUGUCGACGAACGAGUCGCCCGUGGAUGAGAUCGGGGUGGUUAUCAAUUGGGACGUGCAGGACAUCGUGCCCCAGCAUCUGAUCGAUUCGUUCCUGUCGAUGGUCGCGCCGGAGGAAUUGAUAGACAUGAGCGCGGACCUCCCUCACUAUUGCGCGUUCAGCUUCCCCGCGGUGGUCCUCACGCUGGGCAAAGAGAACUGGUCAUACUUGAAACAGGCUUACCAGGCGUUGGCCAGCGCAAAUCAAUAUAAAGUCAGGAGCAUGGUGGCGUCCAGCAUCCACGAGAUCGCCGCGAUACUGGGCCCGGAGCUCACCGCCACCGAUCUCGUACCGAUCUACAACGGCUUUAUCAAGGACCUGGACGAGGUCCGAAUAGGCGUUCUCAAGCAUCUGGCGACCUUUCUGAAAAUACUCAAGCCGAACGACCGGUCCCAAUACCUCAUGAAGCUGAAGCAGUUCCUCGCCAUCGAUAACAUUUGGAACUGGAGGUAUCGGGAGGAACUGGUCGCCCAACUGCUCGAGAUGGUGAAUCUGUUUGAUCCAUACGACGUCGAAUGUUUCAUCUUACCACUUGCGCUCGAGUUUCUAGGCGACAAGGUCGCCGCUGUCAGGCAAAUUGCUGUCUCUUUGAUAACGCAUAUCGUGUCCUACCUAUCCAACAACGAACGGCUCGUCACGACGGUGUUCCAAGAACUCAAAUGCAUGCUAGGCGUUUACGCGCGUAAAUGGGUAGGACGGCAGACGUACGCAUACGUGUGCGCUCACUUGAUAACGAACAACGCCAUCAGCGGGGAUAGAUUCUCUAGGGAAAUGUUACCCGAACUGUUGAAAUUUUCCACGGACAAAGUACCGAACGUGAGAUUGGCCGUGGCGAGAACACUUUCGAAAAAUGUUACCCCCAUGGGACCUGGCUGGUUAGGGAUCGAGCAGGCGGAGAGGGUGGCGAUAAGGCUCAGAGAAAUGCGCUCGGAUCCAGAUCGAGAUGUUCGAAUAUUCGCCGGUAGCGACGAGGCGAUUUAGGAACUUGUUUUAACGAACGCGAUGCCGAUAAGGGAGUCGUGUUCGAAUUUCUCCUGCCAUACGAAAUAAUUUUAUACCGAACCGUCGAGAGGAAGAGAGAGAGCAAAAGGAUAUGCCGUGCGAGUGUUCUUCCGCGAGCGAAUUCUCUGUAAACGUGGAAGAAAAUUUAAUUGAAAAGAGGGGAGCGCAACCCGUUCGUCGUCAGGAAGCGAACGAACAAAAAUUUGCUACACAGUUUUUCAAGGGAUAUCGUGUAUUUUACCUACGAUGUAAAAACGAGCUCAACUUUAAACGGACAGAAAAGAGUGUACUAUUUAGUGCAAAUGAGAUAGACAAAGCGCAACUCAACGUUGUCCACAGACCAAGGGACCGACGUUCUCCGCGCCCUCUAGACUAAGACAGAUUACAAGUAUCAAUGGUCAAAAGACAUUACGCAAUUAUAUAAGAGUGAGUAUGCGUGUCUAAAAUGAGUUACGUAUGCGUGUUAGUAUUCGCGAGUAUGUAUGCGUCCACCAUUGUGAUCAAUUUGUAUAUGUAAGUGGUCCCUUGGACAAAGCCGGAUAUUACUAACUCGGAGAUACCGCAUCGACGUGGUUCUCUUGUUCUUUGGUGAAAUGGUCAUAGCACGAACUCUUCUCGUCGUCGCGAUAAUUGUUGUUUCUCUUAAGCGUUGACUCGAAUUUUUUAUCGAACGGAAAUAUUGAAAUCGCUCCUUCCAACGCGGGGGGAAGGUUGAUAGUUUUACUUUUGUAACUUUGUACGCGUGUGGUUGGCUCAAGUGUUCGUGCUAUGACGCGUGAACUUGUACACGAAUAUGCUCUUUUAAGUCGGGGAACCGCAACGCGAGAACUUUACGGUUCGACGUAGAACAAAAGAAAGAAAAAAAGAAAAAAAAAAACAAUACUUACGCCGCACGAUAUUGAGAUUCAAUCAUAAUCGUGCGAUAUCACUGUGAUUUUUGUCUACGCGAGAACACACGGACGAAUGUGCACCGUUUCAUGUAGAUAUGUUAACGUUUAAUAAUGUAAGUACGAAUUUUUUCGCUGAGGUUUCAGAGUGUUUGGAAUUACACAAAAUCCCGAAUCUGAGCGAACGUUUUCGAAAAUUUAAAAUUUAUAAACUUUUCGUUUACACAAUAAAGCUAGUUUGUAAGUAACGGAACGAAAGGAAAGUGAAUGCUAUUGAAUAAACGAUGUGUAUGAUGUGAGAUUUUACGAGUGUGGGCACGCGAGCCGCAGGCAAAAGAAAGCAGAUUUAUUCGUUAAACAAAAUUAUACAUUUGCGAAAACGACUGUUUCCACGCUAAUGUUGCAUAUUGAUAACGGUCCGUGAUCGCUAAAAACUUUUUAACAAUUAUUGAAGGAACGAAUUGUUACGUUUAGUUCACCGUUCGUGAAAAAUGCGAUUAUUGAGCUACAGUACACUUCCUGUAAGCAACGAAAACUCGUUAAUUGUGAAUAGUUAUGAGGAGAAAAGACGUUUUGUUUAAAAUAUUCUGUAUAAUAUAUUGUGUAUUUGGUAGUGAAACGAAAAAAAAUGUACAUCAUGCGAUUUGUUAUACAACUGUG